UUUCCCGCGCUCUGUUUGGGUUCAUUAGCUUGAUGGAGAGGCUCUGGCCGGAGUUCAGUAAACCCGUAUCUUCUUGAGUUUGCCGGUUUUAGUAAAAUAUCACUGCUUAACAGCUAUUUCUGCCCCUCAAAUCUGAACAACGCAGGGGCAUCGCCCGUCAUUCUCGCUUGUUUUGUUUUAGUUGAUUCCCCGAUCUAAUUGGAAGUGAGCAAGAUUUUAUUCCCGUCUUGAGCAGCAGAGUGACAUCGAACGAAAAUGUCUCCUCGAUGGCUUAAACUUAUCAUGCUCGCCGCCAUUGUUGCUGUGCUACUCGAGGAGGUAGCAGGGACCAAGGUUUUACCAACGAUCGGCUCCUGUUGGUCGCCCCAGGUUGAACUCCUUUCUGCCUACUCGACGACAGACAGCGCUAUUUUAUCUGCCCACGCCACAAGCGUACAUUUAAGCCUCAUUUGCGGCUCAACUUCAGACACAGGCGAAUCCCAGCAAGCAACAUAUUACAAUGGACCCAUCUUCUUCAGACUCAACGAUGAACCAGACUUGAGGCCGCUUGCUGUCAUCGAACCCGGAAAAUUGCAAGCAAGCUGGAAAACCGUAACCAUUAUUGCCCCUGCAGAGCAGUUUACACUGCGGCUCUAUGGAGAGCAGGCCGCUGCUCAGUUCCGUAAAGGGGCUUCCGCAACCGAACUCGGUCGGUUGACAAUUUCGCGACCGGCAGCAAAUCGCGACGCGUGGCUUUCCGGUGAAGCUGUCGCUCUGGUGUCCGCAUUCCUUUUAGCUGUUUCAGCAUUCGCGUCGAGGGCGGGUAUCUCUUCAUAACUCGGUAGCCGCGUGCAUUGCGAC